ACUCUUUUAUGAGGGGUCUGGAUUAAACUUUAAUGUGUGGCUAUAACCAAACUUUUGCUUAAAUAAAAAUAAAAAAAUAAAACCUUAACGUUUUUUUUCUUUACAUACAGUGUCUGUGAUUAUUCAUCCAUAUUUUAAACCCCUCAAAUGGGAAACACAGUCUCACAUAAAUUAUUUACAAUUCUCUAUCUUCUCCAUAUUUUAACCCCAAUUUUGCAUGCAGCUUCACCCAAAAUCGUCAAAUCUGUACCUGGAUUUCCCGGCAUUCUCCCAUUUUAUCUUGAAACUGGAUAUGUUGGGGUGGGAGAUAAUGAAGAAGUUCAAUUAUUUUAUUACUUCAUAAAAUCGGAGAGAGAUUAUGAAAGAGACCCACUUAUGGUCUGGCUUACUGGAGGCCCUGGUUGUUCUGCUCUUUCUGGUCUUGUUCUUGAGAUUGGUCCUCUGAUUUUCAAUACUUCAGCUUGCAAUUGGCACUCAGAAGCACCAACAUUUCAGUUAAAUCCAUCUUCUUGGACAAAGAUAGCUAACAUAAUAUUUCUGGAUUCACCUGUUGGCACGGGAUUUUCUUAUGCAACAAAUCCAGAAGGUUACUACAGUGAUGAUAUUACAUCAUCAAGGCAUAUUUAUCAAUUCUUGAGAAAGUGGCUUAUGGACCAUGAUGGAUUCAUGAAUAAUCUUCUUUUCAUUUCUGGUGAUUCCUAUUGUGGCAAGAUUGUUCCUGUUGUUGUCCAAGACAUUUCUAAUGGGAAUAAAGCUGGAUUUCAACCUCUUUUGAAUCUUCAGGGAUAUAUUCUUGGAAAUCCAUUUACAUGGAAGUUUGAUUCGAAGCAAUCAAAAUUGGAUUAUGCUCACCGUGUCUCUCUCUUAUCUGAUGACCUUUAUGAGUCAACCAGACUAAAUUGCGAUGACAGUAAUGAUGAUGUGGAUAAUGUUAAGUGUGCACUUAAUCUUCAAACCGUAUCAUAUAAUCUCGACCCGUUGUUUGAUGCUCAUGUCUUAAGACCUAAAUGUGUAUCACAUCAAACAUGGUGCCAGGAGAGCAUCUACUAUCUCUUGGAAAAUUGGUCUAAUGACAUACAAGUUCGAGCAGCUCUUCACAUUCGAGAGGGUACUAAAAGUUCUUGGAUCAGAUGUAAUAAAACUCUAGCAUAUGAGAACAAUGUUGAGAGCACCUUUGGUUACCAUCAAAAUUUAACACAAGACUAUAUUCGUGCACUGAUCUACAGUGGUGACCAAGACAUGAAAGUAUCAUAUGUUGGAACAUUGGAAUGGAUAAACAUGUUAAAUGUCUCGAUUUCUGAAGAUUGGAGGCCAUGGUUUGUCAAUGGUCAAGUUGCCGGGUAUACUACGAAGUUCUCAAAUGACAAAUAUCAUGUAACAUUUGCAACUGUGAAGGGAGCAGGACAUACUGCUCCAGAGUAUAAGCGUUCUGAAUGCUUCACCAUGCUUUUGAAAUGGUUUGCAAUGCUUCCUCUCUAGUAUGAGAGUACUGGAGAUCGACUCACAAGGCUUGUAUUAUUUGUAAGUAGGGAAAUAAUGUUUUGGGCUUGUAUUAUACGAAGUAUGUCAAUAGUCCUGUAUUUAUUUGAUACACUGAUAACCAGAACAUAAUUAAAAAUGUUUGACAAAGGCCAUUGUUCCUUUAA